AUGAAAUUGCAAAACACCCUGAUCGGCCAUCUCCUGCUGGGCUCAGCCAGCGCCCUGAUAGUACCGACUGAAGCUCACCUCGCCCUCCGGAGAGACGACCACAAUUCUUCGGCGCCAUCAAACAAGUCAUCCAUCCAGUGGACAGAAUGCGACUUGGAUUUUGGGGACGCUGUCAACGCUGUGGUGGACGCUUUGCCGGAGAAGCUUCAGUGCGCCAAGCUUGAGGUUCCCCUGGAUUACACUAGUCUGAGCUCCGGCGAGACCAUCCAGCUCCAAUUGAUCAAGGCCAGCGCAAAUAAAGAACCCCACAUGGGGAGUAUGCUAUGGAACCCAGGCGGACCAGGCGGCUCCGGCGUCGAGUCGGUAGCCAAGUUGGGUCUCAAGUUGCGCAAUAUCGUCGGAGGCAACUAUGAUAUCAUUGGAUUCGAUCCUAGAGGCACUGGUAAAACCAUUCCAUACAUCUGCAACGUAACAGCGGCUCAGACUUCCGUCACCCGACGUGACUUUGAGACGCUACCAAAGGGUGAUAUCUGGAACAGCAUCAAGACAACAGACUGGGAAAGCUACAAAGUCACAGCCGACGCCUGCUUCAGAGACAAUGCCAAAUACGGCCGCUUCGUCGGCACACCGUUCGUAGCCAGAGACAUGAUUUCGAUCGCUGACGCCCUCGAUCAAGGCCCCAAGGUAAACUACUGGGGCGUCUCCUACGGCACCGUUCUCGGACAAGUCUUCGCCUCCAUGUUUCCCGACCGCGUAGGGCGUCUCGUCUUGGACAGCAAUCUCAUCGCGGACGACUAUGCAGACACUACCUGGAAAACUGGCCAAAGAGACACAGAGCGCGCCCUGCACCACCUCUUUGACGAGUGCGUCGAGGCCGGUCCCGAAGCCUGCGUACUGGCCAAUUUUACCGGCGCCGACACCACGGGGGACAGCCUAAUGAAGGCACUCGAGACCCUGCUCGAGGAGCAGAUCAACGACAAGAACGACACCGCCAACGCCUUAGACGACCUCGUGUCCCUCUUUAAAAUGGGUCUGCUGACAGAACUCUACAAGCCGCUACAGUAUCCUCAAGCCGUCUCGAGAGUCCACGCCGCCUUGACAGGGAACUGGACCGGUGCCCUCAUCCCAGCAGCCAAUGCACUAUUGUCCGAAUGGAACGAAGGCGGCACCUACGGCGUCUGGGGCAUUGCUUGCGCGGACUCGUCCUUCCGUGCCGAGAACGUCGAUGAUUUUUAUUCCAUCUACCGAACCCAUUGGGAGGGCAGCUCCUUCGGCGAAGCCAGUGCCAGGCUGCGCCUCCUCUGCUCCCGCUGGCGAUUCGAUGCCGCGGAGAAGAUUGACCUCAACGCCUUGAGGAACGUCAGGACUAGCUUCCCGGCCCUCAUCAUCAAUGGUCAUUGGGACCCGGCCACCCCUGAGAAUACGGCAUGGGAGAUUUCUGCGCGGUUCCGAAAUAGUCGGGCUGUUAUUCACUACGGUGUUGGUCAUGGAUAUACCAACCACCCCUCGAGCUGUGUGGACAAUAUCGUCCGUGAAUAUUUCCAGAAUGGCAAGAUGCCCGAGAUUGGAACUACGUGCGAGCCUGACAUGAGUGCUUUCGAAUACGUCGCUUCCGAAGCAAAGAAGGCAGAGGAGAGUAAAUAG